GACAGUGCCGGGGCGCCUCUGCGGCCGCCGUUAAGCCCCUAAUCCUCUCCUUGUCCGUCGAUAAGCGUCCGGCGCCGCGCGGCCGCGCCCCACGACCCGCCGCGCCGCGACCACUUCGUGCCGACCUCCCGCGGCCGAAGGAAGAAGACCCGCGGUUCUAACCUCAGCUCCAGCAUGGCGAGGUGCGGCCCGGCUCUGCUGCUGCUGCUCGCGGCCCUGGCGGCCCCCGCGCUGGCUGGCCCCGUGCCCCGCGGUUCCUCCGCCGCGCCGCGCAGCCCGCUCGACCUCCUGGACGACCGGACCCGCGAGCUGGCCCCGGACAUGGCCGACCCGCUGCCCCCACCUAGGCGCAGGGCCCCCAAGAAGGCCCCCAGGCUGGUGGACGGCGCCAACGGCGACCCCUACAGGCUGCCGUCCAGCCUCAUCCCCUUGUUGUACCAGGUCGAGCUGACGCCCAACUUCGACACAUUCACCUUCGACGGAAACGCACUCAUCAUCGUGAACUGCGUCGAAGACACGGACACGAUCGUGUUACACGCCAAGGAGCUCACCAUCGACAAGGAUGCCUUCGUCAUCGUGGACGACAGGAUGACCUACUUUGCGUUCGCGCAGCUCAAGUCCAUGACCUUGGACAAGACGCACGACUUCCUGAGCCUCAAGCUCGACACGAUGAUGACCAAGGGCAACCGCUAUCGCUUCGUCCUCCAGUACACCGGAAUCCUGAACGACAACCUCGACGGAUUCUACAGGUCGUCUUACAAGACCGCCGACGGUGAGACCAGGUGGCUCGCGACGACGCAGUUCGAGGAGACGGGCGCCCGGCGCGCCUUCCCUUGCUGGGACGAGCCCAGCUUCAAGGCCCGCUUCUACAUCAUCAUCAACCACGACAAGAACCGGAACGCCGUCUCGAACAUGCCGAUCGUACAGUCCGCGCCCAACCAGAAGGACCCUACUCUCAUCCAGGUGCAGUUUGACGGCACCCUGCCCAUCUCCACGUACCUGAUCGCCUUCAUCGUGUCGGACUUCGGCAGCGUCACCAACUGCGAGGGCAACUUCACGCUGUACGCGCGCAAGGAGCUGCUCGACGGCGGCCACUUCAGUCAGGUGAUCGGCCAGAAGGCCCUGCAGCUGCUCGCGGAGUACAACGGAAUCGACUACAUGCUGCCCAAGGAGGACCAGGCCGCCAUCCCGGACUUCGCCGCCGGCGCCAUGGAGAACUGGGGACUCGUCACCUACCGGGAGGAGUACCUGAUCGAGCAGGACAGCCAGAACGCUCGCAUCGCCGAGUACAUGAUGACGACCAUCUGCCACGAGCUCGGCCACCAGUGGACCGGCGACCUGGUCACCCUGGACUGGUGGUCGCACACCUGGCUCAACGAGGGCUUCGCCGACUACUUCGAGAACUACAUUUGCAACCUGAUCAAGCCCGAGUGGCACCUGCGCGACAAGGGGGUCGUGUACGAUCACCAGCAGGCCAUGGAGUACGACGUCCUGGAGACGCAGGUCGCCAUGAGCAGCCCCGUGUCCAGCCCAGCCGAGGACUCGUCCAAGUUCGACCGCAUCUCCUACUCCAAAGGUGGCGCCGUGAUCCGCAUGUGGGAGUACAUGCUGGGCGUGGACGUGCUCAAGGCGGGCAUGCACCGCUACCUCAGCAUCCACAUGUUCAAGAACACCAGGCCGGAGGACCUGUUCAAUGCCAUCGGCUUUGAGGCGCAGAAGGCCAAGGUGCUGCCCGACGGCGUGACGUUCGGCGACAUCGCGAGCACCUGGACCGAGCAGCCCGGCGUACCGGUCGUGAGCGCCGUCCGCGACUACGACAAGAAGACCAUCACACUCAGCCAGAAACGCUUCUUUUAUGCGCCGCCCAACCGCGCGUCGCUCGUGAACCAGCGCUGGUUCAUCCCCGUGACCAUGACGCAGCAGGCGAGCGCCAACUGGGACAGCCUCAAGCCCAGCACGUGGCUGUGGCCCAGCAAGGAGCAGACCGUCGCGUCCGUCAGCAGCUCCUCGUCCGAGUGGGUUCUCGUCAACCCCAAGGAGAUUGGUUACUAUCGCGUGAACUACGACGUGCAGAACUGGAAGCUGCUCCUAGCCGCCCUCACCAAGAAGCCGUCCGACUUCCCGCCCGCGACGCGUUCCCAGCUUCUUAACGACGCUCUCGCGCUGGCCCGCGGCAAUCAGCUAGACUACUCGGUCGCGCUGCCUUUCCUCAACUUCCUGAAGACGGAGCGCCAGGUGGCGCCCUGGCAGACGGCCACCGCUUCCUUGAACUGGAUGCGCACCAAGCUCGCCGGCACUGACGUCUGGGACAAGUUCUUGACCCUCGUCAGGCAACUGACGCAGAAUGCGUACGAGGCGGUCGGCUACGGCGGCGCCCCCGACCACGAGACCCGCUAUUUGCGCUACUACGUGGUCAGCCACGCGUGCAACGCCGGUAACCAGGACUGCAUCUCGCAGGCUAACAACUUGCUGAAGAGCUGGCUGGCCGACAAGAGCACAAAGCUCGACGCCGACACCUCCUUGGUCACCAUGUGCCACGGUCUGCGCGGCGACGACGCCGCCACCAACUUUGCCGGCCUGAAGGCCGCGUGGCUCGCUGAGAAGGACACCAAGACCCGCACCAUCCUGCUCCAGUCCCUCGCCUGCGCCAAGGCCGCUCACCUCGACAGCCUCCUCAAGGAGACCGUCAGCAGCAGCAGUAAGGUCGACCAGGACGAGGUGGUCAACUUGUGGAAGGAGGUCCUCAAUAGGCCCGAGCAGAUCCCAACCCUGUUCAAGUUCGCCCAGGACAACAGCCAGCUGAUCGACUCCUUCUUCAAAAACAGCAGCACCAACAGCGGCGCAGUCAAGCUCAUGCUCAACUGCAUCGAGCAGAUCACCUCGACCGACGCGCUGAACGACGCCCGCCGCUGGGUGGAGUACAACUACAAGAACCAGGCGGGCUACGACGUACUGCAGAGCGCCUUCCUCGACGCGUACGUCAGUCUCGACUGGUACCGCAGGAACUACAAGACCGUGGCCGACUGGAUCUCGAGCAACGUCUAGUCGGCGCGCCUUUGUGGACAACGCGACCCACAUCGUGCAGACCGCACCAGUAUUCAAAUAUAAAUAAAGAUCGAUGCUGAUACGAGAGCGAAGCUGUAAAA